GCACUCGCAGCAAUUUAGAGAAUACAAAGAUAAAGGGAAAAAAUAGCAAGAGAAAAAAAAGAAUCUAAAAAGUAGAGGUCGAAGGACAAAAGGAAUACCGCGAGAGAACAAGCGCGGAACAAGGAGAGACGAAAGAAGCGAGAUGAGCAAACGAGCGAGCGAAUGAGCGAGCGAGAGAGAAGGGGAGAAAGGAAAGGUGCGACGAAGAAGAGCCGAACGAACCACGUGAUCAUCCGGGCGGGGGUGGCAGACGACAUUUCGCAUGCUCAGAACUCCACAGUCCGCGGCAUAUCGCACACGGCAGUGCCCGCGAUAUACGCACACCUCUACGCAUUCUACGGCGCCGGUGAAACAAUGGUAGCGAGUUCGUCGUGAAGGAUCCACCGAAUGCGAAAGAGCGUAUCCGGGAAAGUAUCGUAAGUGCGGAAAGAUCCUUUCAAUCUUCACAAUCGCGACAAGUGGCAGAUUCCCCGGGGGGUGCAACCCUCGACGCGAGCGGGCGGAACGGUGAUCCUGCGGCAGGCAGGAGAUCUGCCGUUUCACGGGCACGCAACAUCCGCCCGCAAUCUUGAGCGCAAACGGUGAUUGACAUCAUCUCGAUUCGACGACGGUGUUCCUCUGUGUUUCCUGCGUGCGUGUACGCACGUAUGUGCCGGGCGGUGCGCGAAACGUAACGCACAGACAGGGUGACUCGUAGGCGAGCGACAACACAAUGUUCCCGUGGUCGCGAAAAGUGCGAGAAAAGUGAGGCGAAAUUACAAAUCCCUGUACAACGCGUAUACGCGCACCUAGGCACGCAUGCACGCACGCACGCAUUACGCAGCCCCAGGAUAACGAUGCUGCUUUCGGGAGGUAAUCGCCGAAGGCUUCCUUGAACGUGCAUCGGAGGAUAUCCUAUUUCGAAUCUGCGACGACACGCAAGGCGUAAAAGUGAAAAGGUGACUUAUGUCAAACAGAUAGAGUGAUAUGUUAACCGAGGACAAUGAUCCGACAAAACCAGCAGGGGUUUUAGACAAUGCUGGCAACGUGUCUUCCUCGACAGAAGCCUCGAUACAGCAUCCUCGUGCUGCAAACAAUGAAACCGAAGUUAAAAACGAGGUGCAGGACUGUCCCGAAAACGACAGCGUCCCUGGUGGUGAACUCUACAUCGAUGAGAAUGCCGAGGAGAAGGAGCAGGAAUAUCCGGAUUCGAUGGAAAAGGCGGAUUACGGAUCCCUAUACGAUGCCAAUCAAUAUUACAACAGUCUAUACAAUCCGCCGCCUUACGGAUCGACGACAGUUUCGAAAAAUGCGAGCUUGCAGAGCACGUACCUAAACUCUUAUACAUCGUCGAGCUCAAUGUCGCAGUAUACACCUUACGCUGGUUAUAAUAGCGGAACAACGACAUUCCCGAACGUCGCGCAAAAUAUAUCAUCGGCCACCCAGAAAUUAGACUAUAGCGCUUACAGUAGUAGCUUAUACGGAAACGACAGGGUACCGCUUCAGUAUUCCGGAUAUUAUCCUGUGCCCGGUUAUCACGCGCCGCCGGCCUCCUUCAACAUCGGCAAUAUCAACUUUGCUGAAGAUUCAACAAAAUCCGCGCUCACGGUAGACCCGACGACGCACGAUGCGAGUGAUCUGACCGCACGGGAAACAGCAAACAUCGAAGUGGCGACGACGAAGCCGUGCAGACGCGGAAGGAGACAGAGCGGAAGCGGGAACAGUAUCGGUUCCGCGGACACGACGGAAGCCGGCCCCGAGCGUAUAUUCAUUUGGGACUUGGACGAAACCAUAGUUGUGUUUCAUUCUCUGCUGACCGGGCAGUUCGCCACGAAGCAUCGUAAAGAUCCGGCCCUUCUAGCCCAAGUGGCAUACAGAAUGGAGGAGAUGAUAUUCAAUUUGGCAGAUACACACUUUUUUUUCAAUGAUGUCGAGGACUGCGAUCAAGUGCACAUAGACGAUGUUUCGUCGGAUGAUAACGGGCAGGACUUGUCGUCUUACAAUUUCGCGACCGAUGGCUUCCAGUGCGCGACCGCAAACAACGGGAUAUGUCUGGCGUCCGGUGUACGAGGUGGCGUCGACUGGAUGAGGAAGCUUGCAUUUCGUUAUCGCGUAAUUAAAGAGAUCUAUUCCAAAUAUCGCAAUAAUGUGGGUGGUUUAUUGGGCACAGCCAAGCGCGAACAGUGGCUGCAGCUGCGUUCCGAGAUCGAAGUGCUGACUGAUAAAUGGUUGACGUCGGCAGUCGAGUGUCUCAACAUCAUCAAUAAGAGAGAUCACUGCAUCAACAUCCUGGUAACGACUACGCAACUAGUGCCCGCGCUGUCCAAGGUCUUGCUCUUCGGUAUCGGCGGGAUAUUCCCCGUGGAAAAUAUAUAUUCAGCUUCUAAAAUCGGAAAAGAGAGCUGUUUCGGUAGAGUGGUCGCUCGAUUUGGACGUAGAUGUACGUACGUAGUGAUAGGAGACGACUCAGAUGAGGAAACAGCAGCGCGCGCGCAUAACUUUCCUUUCUGGAGAAUAAAUAGCCAUUCGGAUACUCAAGCCCUGUACAAUGCCUUAAAAAUGGGGUUCCUUUAAUCAAAACAAAAAUACAUAUAUACGAAAAAAGAGAGUAUAAGACCAGGAAGCAUUUCGAUUAUACGGAAGAGUGCAAUUAAGAUUGCAUCUAAAUCAGAAAAAAUCAUGCUUAUUGUAUUUCUCCUUCUCCAUUUUCUCGUGAAAGAGAUCUUAUCAUUUCUAUAACUUAUCGUGUGUAAUAUAUACGUAAAAGGAGACUCUACGCCUCCAUGUCAUGGCUAUAUUCGCCGAUAUUGAAAUAUUUCAUGAGCUCGAUAGGACGUCGACAUGUUCGCAAGUGAUAUAGAAUGAAAGUACGAUUUUUAGUGAUAAUGAAAAAUUUCGGAGCGAAAAGUUCGGAUAUAUAAAAAUUUAUGUACAAGAUUCUUUCGAACUUUUAGCUUCAUCCAUUCUGUAGUCGCACAUGUACUGUAUAAACUAAAACGAAAUCUGCGAAAAGUAUACAUAUACCCUUCUUUCAUGUACUUAAUUACACUAAUUUGUAUUCUUUCACUUCUACGGUAACGAUGAAAUCAAACAGUUUUUACUAAUGUACAAUGAGUAGGUUUCAUCAAAGAGCAACGAAUUUUCAUUAGGAUUUUGCCACCGAUAUUUUUCAUGUGAAUUAAUAUUUUAAUUAUUUGCUUAUAUUACUUUUUAGUAAUUUGCUUAUGAUGCUUUUACGCACUUUUUGUAAUAAGUUAAUUUAACAUUCGAUACAUUUCCAUUUUUACCUUUAUAAAUGUGUUCUUUGUAUCACGCUCAUAAUUUCUACAUUCCUUUAGUCUGUAUACAAAUAUAACUAUAGGCAACAUUAUUUAUGUAUAGUUUGAAAGUAUCCAUAUCAAUUAAACAUUACUACAUGCUCUUACUGGA